CCUUCUAGCUUCACUAUAAAACCUCUUGGAGCUACGAAAUUCACUUUUGUUUUCGCACAUUUGUUCAUUGGUCUUUUUAUCCCAUCUGUGGAGCAUCUCAAUACUGCUCAGUACAAUUUUUUUUAUCGGUUAAAAAGGUGAUUUCCAUAAAGAUGAAAAUUGUAUGUUUUGUCGUACUGUGCUGCAUUGCUGCUUGCUUAGCUGAACCAAAACCAGCUAUAAAUGAAAUACGACAACAGCAAUCGAAACCAGGACGAUUUUUGUCCCUCCCAGAUGCACAGAAAUGCGUAAACCGGCCUAAACAGUUUAAUUACAAAGGCCAUAAUUAUUUCUUUUCUGGACACGUGCCUGCACUUGAAAAUAAAAAAUACGAUUGGUUGGAUGGUCGGAAUCUGUGCCGUGAAUACUGCAUGGAUCUUGUUUCAAUGGAAACUCAGGAGGAAAAUAAUUUGAUCUUCAGACUCAUCCAGACCAAUGAUGUCCCAUACAUUUGGACUUCUGGAAGAUUGUGCGAUUUCAAGGGGUGCGAAGGACGUGCUGAUCUCGAGCCAAAGAACGUUUUCGGCUGGUUCUGGUCUGCAAAUCGCGAGAAGAUUCAGCCAACCAAUCAAAUUCCACAGGGCUGGGGAUACAAUCCAUGGAGUAGGACUGGGCACAAGAAGCAACCACAGCCAGAUAAUGCUGAAUUUGACAUUAAUCAAACAAGUGAAUCUUGUCUGUCUGUUCUGAAUAAUGUUUACAACGAUGGCAUUGCGUGGCACGAUGUUGCAUGCUACCAUGAAAAGCCUGUGGUGUGUGAGGAUAAUGAGGAACUUCUGAAUUAUGUUGCAGCCACGAAUCCCGGUAUUCGUCUCUAAGAAAGUGUUCAUUAAAUUUUAAAGAAAAACAAUAUCCCCCCACUAAAUAAAAAUUUCAAUAUCACCUUAUAUUAUUGAAAAUCAAGUAAAAUUCUAUUUUCUCUGUGCCGUUUAAUUUUUUUUAUCUUUUAAAAAAAAAUCUCUGAAUGUUCUUUCCUUUUGCCAAUUGGGCAUAUUUUCUAUCUAAACAUUCUUUGAUUAAGAAAUCAAUGAUUUCUUCUAAUGAUAACCUACCACUAUUCCAAGAUAUUUUGUACAUCAAUGUUACCCCACAUACAUGGUACGCAUUUAGCAUAAAAUAUAGUUGUAUAAUGAAGUCUCAGUGACAGAAAAGAGGACCUCGUCUCUGACGAAUUGCCAUGAUAUUUUCAAAUUCUGAAAUUUAAUUUUUUUUGCUAAGAAUACCACAAUAAUGAAAAUUCCAAAUAUUUACAAAAUUUAAUUGGCGAGGUUUCCUAUUACUACCCACGAGCAAUGUCUUUUAAAUUAUUGUGAUUAUUUACAAAAAAAAACUGAAAAUUAUUCGGCAAACACCAUUUCAAAAAUAUAUUUAUAAAUAUUUUCUUUUUAGUUAUAAUACUAAUGCGAUUUUUUAUGGUAUGACACAUUUGGUCGUUAAGUAUUUAAGGAAAUGAUUGAAGAUUUAGAAAAGACAUUGCUCUUUGUGAAAUUUAUAAAUUUGUUUCCUAUACCAUAAUUUGAAACUAUUAUAUUAUAUUUAAAUAUAAAAAAAUAAUUUUUAUCUUUGAAAAUGAAGAAGAUGCUUCUAACCGUAAUUAAAGCAUAAAAAAAUGAAGAUUUAAAAUUUAAAUUAAACUAUCCUUUCUUACUUACCACCCCCCUUUUAGUAGAGGGAAUAUUUAGUAGAAAGAAAGAAAAAAUAACAAAAAUACAAAAGUAAAACUUCUUUCAGGAAAAUAUUCAAGAAAUUGUUUAUUUUUUUAAUACAUAUACUAACAUUCAUAGUUACCAUUAUUGUUGAAUUAGAUUUAUGAAAAGAAAAAGAUACAAAAAAAAACGUUUUUGUGGUUUUUAUCAAUAUUUACCUUUGUAGAGAAUAAACAAUUUUUUAUUUCUUCUUUUCAUUUAUAAUAUUUUUCCUAUUUACUCAAACUAACUUAAAUAAAUAAGCAGUAUGUAUUAAAAUGAAUUUAAUAUUAAUAAAAAAAAUGAAAUAUAAUUUUUCAAAAUAUAAAUAAAAGACACACAGACAGUAAAUUGAAUUAUAUUAAUGUAAACGUGAAUACUUCAAUACUGCAAUAUUAUCUUCUUUAUUAAGAUAUUAAUCUAUACACUGUACUUAAAAAUCUGUGAAAUAUCUAACAAAGUUUAAUAUUCCAUACAAA